CAUCAACCUAUGUGAAAAUCACAUGAGUAUUCUUUUUUAACAAAGAAUAUGAAAUUAUCUCUAAAAUGUGAUUUGUGUAUUUGCAUCAGUCUACUUUCAUGUAUAUAUUUCGUAGACAGUGGAGCAAGUAGUAGUUAUAUGCAGAUACACGAUCUGCCAAAAUUUAUUAUGGAACCGACAAAUAUGAUAUAUUACUCACCCAGUCAGUUAUCUACGUCGCAACUAAUUCCAAAAUUUCAACUUUAUGCGAUGGUUUCACCACGUAAUGCAACUAUCCAACUAGGCGCUGUACAUAAAGAUAGACCUAAUAUAAUUAUAUAUUUGCCUACAAUACAAGAAUAUUCAACUGAAACGUAUUCACUUGCAUUUGCUCAAACACAUGCUAAAAUUACUUCUCUCCCAAUCAGUGAACAUUUAGCAAAUUUAAAUAAUAUUUUUCCUUACAUUUCUCACAGUAACAGUAAUAUUUUUAAAGAGAACAUAAAUCUUUGGUCAAUUUCUGUACAUAAUUUUUCACCAGAUAUGAAGUUACUAAUUUUAGCCAGUACAAAGCUUGGUACGAUCUCCAGUCAGAUGAUCGAUGUAAAACCAUUUGACCUUCCAGAAUUUCCGCCUCAGUCAGAUAAAUACUUAUCUCUUUUAAUCGGAAAUACUGGGAGAGUUAUUUGCCAUUUGCCACAGUCUCAGCCAUCUUUACCGACUGCGCAUUUCUAUCAUAAUGAUAUGCGACUGGAUCUGACACACACAGAUAAAUAUCACCUAAUUUACGUUGGAGGUGAUGAUUCCGGUUUGCCUUGGGAUGUACGCUCACAGAAACCUCAUUUUACUAAUCAACAUACUAAUAACAAUAAAAGACCAGGGGCUGUUAUUCUGCUCAUACAUUCUCUGCAAAUUUCUGAUACUGGAUUAUACUACUGUUCAACAAGUUUAUUUGAUAAAACAGUCAUUUCAAGUCAAAGGAGUCAUUUAGUUGUAACAAAACCGAAUGAGAAAAUCCGUACACACCUGAGGUUUUCCACUGAUGAUUCCGAUUUAUCACACCUAUACACCGAAGAAAACACUUCAAGUCUAUCAGUGAAUAACAAAAAUGAAAAAUCCCUUCAUACAGUGAAAGAGAUAAAAAUACAGGAGUAUAGUAAUCUGACAUUAUUUUGUAUAUUCGAAAGUGCACCGGUUGUCUCUACACGUUGGUAUUUUAAUGGAUUCAUGGACAAUAUUGAAAUUAACCAGAAAUUUGGCACUUUAAAUAUUCGUUACGCCAAACCAGAAAAUGAAGGUAUUUAUACUUGUUCAGUGGACAACUCUCACUCAAAGGUGGUUGGAAAAUCUUUUAGAAUUAUAGUCAUCAGAUCAUUGUAUAAUGCACCCUCAGACCCUGAAGUGAUUAUUACUGAAACUGGGAAUAAUACUUCCGAUCCUGGGAAAUCACUUCUAAAAUCAUCCAGUGACUGGAAUAAACGGAAUUUUAAUAGGGCGAUGAUCAGCUCACAGUAUGACAUUGAAACAAGGCAGAAGAACUAUGGCUUUAAAACUUCAGUUCACACUUACCACUGGCUUCACAAUGGACAGUUUAUUGCAAUAAAUGGAAAGAACAGCAAGUAUCAAAUUCAAGAUGGAGUACUCAGGAUUCUCAAUACUACGAAAUCAGAUACUGGAAUAUAUCAAUAUACUGUAGGUAGUCACCGGAGAAGUAGAAAUCUGAAUAUUAGCAGUGCAGAAUACAGAAGUGAAGAAAAUCCAGUCAGUUGUAAAUAUUUCAUUCAGCUGGAUACUGAGAAAAAUAUCCAAACUGAAGGUGAUGAUCAGUUAAAAACAGUUUUCGAGCAUACAUCAGAAGGAUUAACAGGACACCUUAACUGCAAUCUAUCUUCUCUACUUAAAACAAGUAAUUAUCAAAUUACUAAAGGAUUUAAUCAAUACCAAUGGUCAAUAUUAUGGUAUAGAAGUGCAUUAUCAAAAGAACCACUGAAUAUAGAAUCAAUUAAUAAGGCCUCCGGUGGUGUUAAAUAUAUAAUUAGCAAUGUAAAUGAAUUCACUCAAAUUCUUAGUGUUGUCAAUCCUAAAAGGGUUACUGAUGAUGGCCAGUAUAUUUGUAGAGUUUAUAAUACAACAACUGGUAAACUGUUAGGGGAGAAACGAUUUCAACUUGUUAUCCAAACAAACAGCGAUGAAGAAGCCAAUAACAAAAUAUCAAAUCAAGGUGAAAGUAUUUCAAACAAAGUGUUUCCUGUCCCAUCAAAUAAUGAGAAUAAUUAUGAAUCUUUGGUUAACAGGCAUGGAAGUGAACCGCCGUUAAGGCAAGAAAUUCGUAAGGAGAUACCUAAAAUUAAAGUUUCCAAACCCAUUGUCAAACGCUUAGCGAACUUUACUAUGGCGCUAUACAUUAAAUGGACUGUCUACAACAGUCCGAUCAGUGGAAUGCAUUAUCAGAUAGGUCUUAAACAUUUCGGGAAGAAAAACCGUAAAAUCAGGUCUGCAAUGAGUUAUCCAUAUGAAGAUAAAGUCCAAGAGAACAAAUCAAAUGAAGAUGACUUCAUAAUUUUGCCGAACAUUUAUGAAAAUACCAGUAUCAUCCUUGAUUCUUCUGAACUCUUACAUCCACAAAACUCUUAUGCUUUACGUGUUCUUGUGAUGGAGUAUCAGCUGUGGAGCCCCUGGAGUGAACCAGUUCAUUUUGAUAAUAUACUUGAUGCUACUGUGCAAAUUAUAUCCCUCCGAUCAAACAAUGCAUCUUGUAUUUACGUCGAAUGGAUAUACAUACAGCCAAGAAAUAAUUCCAUUUCACUUGAGAUAACAAAUCCAGCAGAUUUAAAUUUCAUUAUAAUUUAUAGAAAUUUGUCUGGAAAUCAAGGAGAUAGAAAAUCUCUUCUGGAAUUAUGGACAGAGUCUGUAUUUAACGAUGAAAAUCAAUUUCCUAUUGAUUUAUUCAAUAGUAGGGGAAAAUUUAGCGAUAUACAUAUUCGUAAAAUUACUGGAGACAUUACCACAAAAGGUUAUUUAAUUAGUGAGCUUCUACCUAAUACAACCUAUGCAGUUUCGGUAUAUAUUGAAGAAACAAGAUUGAGUCAGCAUCAGUCAGAAAGAUAUUUCACUCGUCUCAGUAAUGAAGCUGUACAGAAAACAUUACCAAGUUCGCUUACUCUAGCAAGCAGUGAAACAAGCUUAAAUACUGAAAAUUCUACUAAAGAGAGACAAGAGGUGGAGGAUACUGUCUCUCAAUUGACAUCAAAUCUCAAGUCGAAAAUGACUAGACAAAUUAGUAAAAAAAGUGACGUAAUCAAUAAAUUACCAAAGAUUUAUCAACAUGAAAGUUACGUAUUGAUUGUAAUACUUGGAUCAUUGGCUGGAGUUCUACUAAUCAUAUUCAUUGCACUAAUCACAUUUUGUAUAUGGUACCGGAUACGCUUAAAGUCACAGUAUCCCAGAGGUUAUUUUGGUGCCUUAAGUGAUUCGGAAAUCACUGGAACUCCGAAGCAGAGAACAAUCACUGAAUGGGAAAACUUUCAAUCACAGCCAGUUCUAACAACUGAAAGUAAUCAAACAUUUCCGCGUACAACAGGCAACAUUCAUUUACAGUCAUUAAGUGAUCAGCAGUCACCGUUAGCAAAUUUCAACAAUUUUGCAACAAUACAGCAUCCGACACACUGGAUACAACAGCCUCAACUACCAUGCGAAGGACAAUAUAGGAAAUCUAUGAUUCUUGAUAAUGCAAUGAAAUCUUACUGGACAACAAUGAAUUCUGAUGCUGCAAAAGUUGCACUCAUGACGGCAAAAAGUAAAGAAAAUCCUAAUAACAAUGUUGUCUUGCCACUAUUAUACAAUGAUUGUUCCGUGCCUCAUUCAAAUCCCACUAAUAGAAAUAAUGAAUGCACUGUCAUCGAUCAGAUUGGAAGUUUGGAAGGUAUAUUUCAAGCCACAUCUGGAAUGGAUACUUUUAAUAGUACUACAAAAAUUUCUAAUAAAGAGAUUCAGCCUAUAAAUGAUCAGUCUUCAUCGAUUUAUUCACAUAUUGAUUCUGAUUCAACUGUCAAUGAAUUAUCUCAGUUCCAUUUGGAUAGAUUCAAUCCAGUUUUAUCACCAACAUCACAGUGCGAACACUCAGGAGCUAGAAGAAAUGACUUAUCCUUACAGAAUAAUAUUGAUAAUAAAAAUAAUAUGAAUGGAAGAGAAGUAUUUCAUGACUUUUCACAAUCUAACAACUUAUCUUUUGCAACCAACUCUCUUUAUCCAUUCAUGACUAAAACAAAUGACCUUGUCAGUUCGCCUUCACCAAAUCCCCAUGAAUUAUUAUGGCAUCAAUCGCAACCAGGAUUGAUUAUUAAUGAUACCAAUUCAUUCUAUACAACUGUACCACCAUUUCGACACUUACAAUAUCCUUUCAAUCCUUCAGAUCAAACUAAACCAGUCCAUCUGAAUAUGCCUAUUUAUGAACCCAGUGGUGUUAAUCAUUUCCAGCAAGUUCCUUUUAUUCCAAAUAUUUAUCCAAUAAACGGACAACAAUUGUUGUGUGAAUCAAAUCCACUGACCUCGUUUCCUACACCGUAUACAUCGUAUGCAGAUAGUUUAACAGCUGCACUUACUUUACAACAGUGGGUUGAGCAUAUGAGUAAGCCGGCUAAAAUAAAAAACAUGGAUACAAAACAAUGCGAAGAAGUAUACAAAAGGUCAGAAACUCAACCGAAACUAAAAAAGAAUGAUUUACAUCUGACUAAAAAUGAACAACAGAAUUUAUGCAGUGAAAAUAACCGACAUCACAAAAGUCCACGAGAAAAUCUUAGUUCAAGUUUUGCUGAUAGUGGAGUGGACCUUCCAAAUACAAGUAAUCUUGAAUCGGAUAUUCCAGAACAUAAUUCAAGCAAGAAUGACAGCCCACAAGAAACAAAUCGCAGGACAACGAAUAGUACAAGACUCAUGGAAAAAGUUACAUCAUAG